AAAUAAUAAUAUAGGUUGUGUUUUUUUUUUUUUUAUAUUUUUUUAAAUAAUAAUAAUAAUAAUAAUAAUAAAUAAUUAAUUUGUAAUCUUUUUAUUCUUAUAAAUAAAUUUUUUUAUUUUUUUUUUUUUUAAUAAAAAAAAUGAAAAUAAUAGUUAUUUUUUUUAUUUAUUUAUUGAUAAACUAUACAAUAUCAAAUAAAAUUAAUAAUAACGAUAAUUAUGAUUGUAUUAUUAAUAUAAAUAAUUCCAAUGGUAUCGAUAGUACAACUUGUGGAUUUGGAGAAGAUAACUGUUUGACAAUCACUGGUGCAAUAAAUAGUUUACAAGAUUAUUUAAAAACCAAAACUUGUAAAGAUGUUUUAAUAAACAUUAAAGCCGGUCAAUAUUUAGCAAAUAAUAGUUUAAAUUUAAUCAGUAAUAAUCUUUUCACAUUAAAUAGUAUUCAAAGUAUUACUUUCUUUGGUAGUACCAAUACUAUCAUUGAUGGUUCAAAUACAAAUAGUUCAUUUUUUAAUUUACAGCAAACCAAUAUAGCAUCGAUCAGCUUUGAAUCUUUAAAUUUUGAAAACUGGAACGGUAUAGAAUCAAUAAUGUUUAACAUAAAUUCACCAUCAAUACCAAAUAUUCAAAUUUCAAUUUUAGAUUGUAAUUUUUCAAAUAUAAAUUCAUCAUCAAUAAUAAACUCCAUUGGUAGAUUGGACCAAAGUUCUACAAAAUCAAAUAUCAAUGUCUAUAUUGGUGGAAGUCUAUUUUCAAAUAUUAAUACCCUUUCAAAUCCAUUCAAAUCAAUUAAUACCGAUACAAUUGUAGACUUUACAACUAUUGAAUAUGCAAAUAUUAGUGGUUCUUAUUUUAGUGUAAAUGAUGGCAACCUUUAUUUUUCAAACUCCCAUAUAAAUCAAAUAACAAUGAAGCAACAGUUUAUUACAAGUGUAUUUAGUGCUGAUCUCAAUAUUUUAUUUGCCAACAGUACAUAUACAAACAAUAGUUUAGGUUUUUUAAAUUCAACAUUCUCAUCCUCCAACAACACUAAAAACAGUAAUAAUAACAACAAUAAUAUAUUAAUAGAAAAUUCAUCAUUUAUCAAUAAUUAUUUUAUUAAAAUUGGUACUCCCUUGUUCUUGUUAUCAAGUGCUGAUAUAAUGAUAGUAAAUACCCAUGUUAAUAAUACUGGUGAUCAUAUUGCAGGUGAUGAACUAAUUAUAGGUCAAAAUGGAAAUAUCAAAAUUUGGAACUCAACAAUUCAAUCGUAUAAGCCAAUUAAUGGCCAUAACUUAACAAUAUCUUUGUUCUCAAAUAAUCAAAUCGAUAACUCCACCUUUUGUUUCUUUUGCUUUGACUGCAACUUUGAAAUAUCAACAAAUACCUCAAUUAACUCUUCCACAUUUAAGCCAAUGGAUUUAGACUGUUCAAGUAUUGGCAAAUCAAAAAGAAUUUGGAUCAGAUUCGCUUUAUUUGUUGUAAUCACUUUUAUAUUAUUAUUUGUAAUAUUUUAUAAUCUUUAUCAAAAAUUCAAGGUGUGCAACAUCAAAUACUUUUUUAAAGUUUCCAAAAGAAAACAUAGACUUCUUGAUGACGAAGAUGAAGAUGAUAUAGAUAAUUAUAACGAAAAUUCAAGAAUUAUAAAUGAUAGUUUUUCAAUUUUAUAAAUAAAUUUUUUUUUUUAUUAACAGCCAACAACCUUUGAAAAUAUCUAAAUGAUUUUCUACUAAAGUG